CUGUACACUGCCAUCAUGUUUCGAAGCCGCGGUAGCCUUGCGCCCGUGCGGAAGCAACUUGCUCGUUGGAACCCUCAACUAUCGACUCAACUUAGACGCCCAGUCAAUACCUCUGCAAAUUCGAAUGGCCCCUUGCAGUAUUUCCCUUGGUCUAGCCAAUUUCGAGGGUCACAGGGAACCAAAGCCUUGCUUCAGGCGGUCACAUACACUGCGGUUGCAAUUGCAGUCUACGACCAUCUGAAGUCGGAUAGCAAGGCCUUCCAGAAUUCAACCCAGACCCAAUAUGGCUCUACUGAAGAUGUCGCCCAAGCAAUCAAGGAACUUCGGGAGGCGUUCAGCGAUCCAAAAGCUGUCGCUACCGACGACGAAAGCCUGAAAACCUACGGUUCUUCAGAGCACUCCUAUCAUCCCAUCUCCCCCCAUGCAGUAAUCGUCCGGCCAAAGUCCACAGAUGAUGUAGUCAGGGUCAUUAACAUUGCUCGACGAUAUCGAAUCCCUGUGGUGCCAUACAGCGGGGCGACCAGCCUCGAAGGGCAUUUCUCUGGUCACCCAACAGGCAGUAUCUGUCUGGACAUGUCGGGCAUGGAUCAGAUCCUGAGAAUCAACGUUGACGAUUCGGAUUUGACAUGUCAGGCUGGUGCUCGGUGGGAAGACAUCAAUGAGACUCUCAAGGCAAAGGGAAUCCCGUUGUUCUUUCCUCUUGACCCAGGUCCAGGCGCCACUAUCGGCGGGAUGAUUGGCACUGGAUGCAGCGGAACGAAUGCCGUACGUUACGGUACCGCCAGAUCCGAAUGGUUUCUUAGUUUGACAGUCGUGCUCCCUGAUGGUUCAGUAGUCAAGACUCGCAGUCGCGCAAGGAAAUCAGCCGCGGGCUUUGAUACCACCAAAUUAUUCAUCGGCGCAGAAGGCACCCUGGGCAUCGUGACUGAAGCGACCUUGAGGCUGGCUCCUGUGCUCCCGACCAAAGUCGCCAUGGCUCAGUUCCCAAGUGUACAGCAUGCGGUCAGUGCUGUUCAGGAAAUUCUCAACUCACCUCAAGGCCCACAUAUGCAGUGCAUUGAAUUACUUGAUGACCACAUGAUGCAGGCUAUCAACGACGCCGGGUUCGUCGACAAUCCAUACCCUGUUAGCGAUACUCUAUUUUUCAAAAUCCAGGGAGACGCACCGACAGUGACACAAACCUCCAAUGUCAUCCAAGAGGUCGUCAAACGCCAUAAAGGAUCCAAUUUCAAGUUUGCCAGUACAGACACGGAAGCCGACGAGUUGUGGUUAAACCGAAAAUACGCACUUAUGUCUUCCAUCGCUGCCAACCCUGGGUAUCGUUGUUGGACCACGGACGUUUGUGUCCCAGUCUCGCGUCUGCCACAGCUGGUCCAAGAAACCAAAGAGGACCUUGCUGCCCAUAGCCUGCGAAGUACCAUCGUUGGACAUGUAGGAGACGGGAACUUCCAUGCCUUGAUAUUGUUCAAAGAUGAUAAGGAACUUCAGAAGGUUGAGGAGGCUGUCCAUCGACUGGUUUACCGUGCACUGGCUUUGGAUGGAACUUGCACCGGCGAGCAUGGCGUCGGUCUCGGCAAGAAGUCGUAUCUCGUCGACGAACUUGGAGAGGAGACCGUCCAACUCAUGCGCAAGAUUAAAAGCGCUGUCGAUCCUUUCAAUAUCCUUAAUCCCGGGAAACUUUACCCUGACGAGAACAGCAAGAAAGACUAG